AUCACGUGCAUUUCAACAUCAGCUGACUACCCAGCACGGCCAUAUUACACUCUCAGGGGCGUUUCUCCACAGGCUUGGUCUUUGAAUCCAUGAGAUAAUCGAUGGCGACCGCUCAGAAGCUGACCGAAAACCACCUCACCUGCGUCAUCUGUACAGAGGUGUUCACAGACCCAGCCACACUUCAGUGUCAUCAUACAUUCUGUAAGUCCUGUCUGCUGAAAUACACCAAGACACAGCCGGAAGCAGUACAAGCCAAGUCCAUACCAUGUCCCUCCUGUAGACAACAGACGAAGGUGACCAACCCUGACAGUCCAGUAGAGGAGUGGGUCAGUCAGCUGAAACCAAGCCACGUCAUACAGGGGCUGAUGGACGACUUUGGACCAGGCACAAAGGGUGUGGAGGAACACUUGUGCAGCGUUUGUACAAAACAAGGAAAGACAACUCCCGCCACUUCUUGGUGCUCUGUCUGCGAUGUUGUGUACUGUGAAGGAUGUCUCGAGCUGCACAACAUGAUGCCAUUGUUGUCUGACCAUGAAGUAGCUCACUUGUCUGAUCACACCAAAACAAAGGUCAAGCGUCGCUUCAUGUGUCAAGUCCACAGAGACAAACCGAUAGAGUUGUUCUGUAAGGACUGCAAGCGGGCAAUAUGCACGAUGUGUUGCAGCAUUAAACACAGGGCAUGUAAGGAUGUUGAUACAAUUGGGAGCACCACUCCUCUUGUGAAGGAACAACUGACAAGCAAAAUAGAGCAACUCAGAAUCAACAUGGCGGCAACUAAUAAUAACAUAACCCGCAGAAAAUCUAGAAUUCAAGAUGUGAAGAGUAAUUCACAGGACGUUAAAGAUCAAGUCAUAAAGACACGUGAAACAGUGAUGCGUGCUAUUUUUAGAAAAGAGAAGCUACUCCUAGAUGCCAUCGACAAAGCUACUGAUGAACAAUUACAUGAAUUACAAGCAGAUAUAAAAUCCCAGGAGAUCGAGCUACAGAUGUACCAGCAGCAGUAUGAGUUCACAGCCAAUGCUGUGACGUCCAACUGUGAGAUGGACAUGUAUGCCGUCUAUGAGUCGAUGGGUGAGACGUCUACAGACAACAGAGACACGGACAACAGACCAGCAGCAGGAAGCGUUGUAUUGACACACGACCUGGACAAGCUGAGUAAAGCAGUUGAUGAGCUACAACUGGGGGAGGUUCAAGUCGUCCAUGGAGUGAGUGACCCCGGGUCUUCUCCUGUUCUACAUCACACAAUUGACUGCGGGGAAGAUGGGGACGGGAAGGAUCCUAGCUUGUGUGACGUCACAGUGUUGACUGUUGAUGACAUCAAAGUGACAGUAGUGAUAGAUUUCAAUAACAAGAGACUCAAAACAUAUUACACAUCAAACUUCAAAUCCUUUCAUAAUCAGCUCCUGCUUUCUAGUCGUCCUUGGCAAAUAGCCAAGUUAUGUGAGAGUCAGAUAGCGGUCAGUGUUCCAGGCAGUAAGGAAAUAGUUACAGUGAAUGUUACCCCAGGUCCUGUAUUUCUGUCAACUAUCAAGACAAGAAAGAAGUACCAAGCUCUGGCCUGUCUGAGUCCUUCACAGCUGGCGGCAGGUACAUGGGGACAGUCUCACUCUGUGGACAUACUGGACAUGACAGGGAGGAUACUGAGGUCUAUCAACACGGGAGUGAUAGGGAAUCCAGAAUAUAUCCAUGUCACCAGAAACAACAACUUGAUAGUCAGUGAAGAAGCAGUAAAAUCCCUUGUAUGUGUGACCAGUGAAGGGGACGUUGUUUUCACCUACACUCCCACAGGAGUCAGAGCUCUGACACGACCUUGGGGUGUCACAACAAGCAGCUCAGGAGAUAUCCUGCUUGUGGACCAAUACUCCAACAAGGUGAUUCAGCUGACAGAGUCGGGGCAGUUUGUCAGAGAUGUCCUCACACAACAGGAUGGUCUGAAUUGUCCUCUUGGUGCCUGUCUUGAUGGUGACGGCCUGCUGUAUGUUACGUCUGACAGAUACGUGAAAGUAUUCAAUUUCUACAGACGCUAAUGUGAAAAUAGAGAUAAUUUUUAUCUCCAUACACAUAUAUACAAAAGAUAUACAAAACUGACAACUAACAACAAGUCCAGAUCGGCUCUUGUUCAUUCUUUACAAACGUAAUUCACCAUGUCAGUGGUUAAACAGAGGACGAUAUUUCGUGUGCAGAAAUGUGACCUGAUUUGUAAAGCACAUUUGGUAAAGGAACGCAUAGUGACAGGGUUCGUCCCGAUUAUGUUUCUAGGUUUGCCAGCACCAUACCCGUGCUUCUGGGUUUCACCAUUAAGGGGUAAACGUCUGAGACUUACAACAUAUCUGACGUGUGUUGAGAAACCAGUUCACGUAGUUAGGUAUGGUUCAAGCCUUAAGAUUAUCAGUUAAACAAUCGAGCUCGUAAUUGCUCCAACGUGUGCUCAAGAGAUAUAUAACACAACGAGCGUUCAGCUAUUGAUGGAGGCUAUAGCAGUGUGUGGAUGCUUUGAGAAUUUGUUUACAUUUGUCCCCAUUGGUAUCAGUUAUUUGUACUGAUGUAAUAAUAUUUCUUCAAACUGUAGUAUUGAUUGAAGUAACCCUUAAUAUCACUUAAACAUAACACAAUUCUAUCAAUACACUAGCUACCACUCAUAUCCAAGAUACAAAUGAGGAUACUAUAAAUGUUUGACGUUUGAAAACUGCUUUAGCUCUACACCUGUCCUCGAUGGCAUCAGUUGUUUCUACUGACAGUACUAGUAUUUCUAAAAGCUGUAGUAUGGGUUAAAAAUUAUCUUCUUUUAUGAAAAGAAUGGGGAUAUUACUGAGAACAAAACUGGGUUUUAAAUACCCUCAUAAUGCAUAGGUGGAAGUUUAUGUGUCUCGGUAUAUUUUUUUAGCAGUUAUUUGUUUAUUCUCAACAUAUUAUAUUAGUAAUACAAAUAAAUCAAGGAACACGUUCAAUACGCGUGGUUCUUGGUCGUAUUAUGAAAGAUUACUUGAAUACAAAAAUAAGCCCAUUACUCAAUGUUCAGGGUCGUGAUGGUUCCUUACGCUUGUGUAACUUGUGGCAAUUCGCGGGGAAGAGUUGUGUGAGUCCCUUGCUUGUUACUUCUUGUUCUCGUAUUCGAAGAUUUACAAAAGCUCAGAUCUUUUCCACACUCUACGUGCCUUUGUAGCGGAAUGAAUGCUCUUUAUAUCAAAGCGCCUUGAGAACAUA